UGUCAGUUUAUCACCCCCCCCCCCAUUCCCUCGAGAAGACCGCCUCGUGCAAUGGCUGGCAUGCAUCUCCAGGUGUACUAAGCCCCGUAUAGCUCCGUGGGGAAAUAAUAAAACUGCCACUUCCUGAAUGAUCAGAUCGGUUGGCUCAGUUGGCUCCCUGAAAGAAAGAAAAAUUCUAGUCUGGGCCUGUGCAGUCUUGGAGAGGGGGGCGGGAGAGAGCCUACUCAUUACUUGGGCAUCCUCCCACAUUGCCAACUGUGAGUUGAUGUGUGAAGAAGAUGAACCGCAGAUUUACUCCUGGAUCAGCUGAACUGCCUUUGUUGCAAAGUCUUCCUGGUGGCUCUCCAGUUUUUGCUCCAGUCUUGUAAACCUCUAGUCUUCUGUUUCCCACUCUCUGAAUCUUCCAUUGUUUCUCUCUAUUGAGGAAAAUCUUGGGCAGUGUUUACGGAAGAGAGCAGAGCCAAUUGCAUCCCGAACAAGUAUUUUGUGUAUGAGUCAUCCACUUGGAUCUAUAGCCAUCCCCACCUUAAUUUAACAAGUUCUGUUUCAUUUCUGAGUCUUCAGAUGCUUGUUCAUAUUCUUGAGAGAGAUGGAUUGAAGCGGAACAUCUUAGAUUUACAACCGGCCUUACUAAAAGAAACAAUGGGGCUUUUUUACUGGAUUAUUGCCAGCAUUAGUUCACACACUGAAGGUAUGAGUUGUUAGAUCUCACUUGCAGGUAAUGUUUGCCCUGCUUUAAUGUAAAGUGCUGUGGAAAUUUUGCUUAUCAACUGUGGAGGGUGGCUUGGAUCAAGAAGAGUUCCUCUUCUGCCCUGGUUGGUGUGGCACCACAUAUCUAUCCUCAAUGCCUUCAGCCUUGGCUAUCUUCACUUGCCGCCCAAACUCUCACCCAUUUCAAGAACGUCAUGUCUACCUGGAUGAACCUGUCAAAAUUGGCCGCUCAGUGGCUCGAUGUCGACCAGCUCAGAAUAACGCUACCUUUGACUGUAAGGUUUUGUCUAGGAACCAUGCGCUUGUCUGGUUUGACCACAAGACAGGAAAGUUCUAUCUUCAAGACACUAAGAGUAGCAAUGGUACCUUUAUAAAUAGUCAGAGAUUGAGCAGAGGAUCUGAGGAAAGCCCACCAUGUGAAAUUCUGUCUGGUGAUAUCAUCCAGUUUGGCGUAGAUGUGACGGAGAACACGCGGAAAGGUAAGGUCACCCAUGGAUGCAUUGUCUCAACAAUAAAACUAUUUCUCCCAGAUGGCAUGGAAGCUAGGCUACGGUCAGAUGUCAUCCAUGCUCCCUUACCAAGUCCUGUUGAUAAGGUUGCUGCUAACACUCCCAGUAUGUACUCUCAGGAACUGUUUCAGCUUUCUCAGUAUCUACAGGAAGCCUUACAUAGGGAACAAAUGUUGGAACAGAAAUUGGCCACCUUGCAGCGAUUGCUUGCUGUCACACAAGAGGCAUCAGAUACUAGUUGGCAGGCUUUGAUAGAUGAAGAUAGACUACUAUCAAGGUUAGAGGUUAUGGGAAACCAACUACAAGCAUGUUCAAAAAAUCAAACAGAAGAUAGUUUGCGAAAGGAGCUUAUAGCAUUACAGGAAGACAAACAUAACUAUGAGACAACUGCCAAAGAGUCCUUGAGGCGGGUCCUUCAGGAAAAAAUUGAAGUGGUCAGAAAACUCUCUGAAGUGGAGCGAAGCUUAAGCAACACCGAAGAUGAAUGUACUCACUUGAAAGAAAUGAACGAACGGACUCAGGAAGAAUUGCGGGAAUUGGCCAACAAAUACAAUGGAGCUGUAAAUGAAAUUAAAGAUUUCACUGACAAACUAAAGGCAGCUGAAGGGAGACAAGAAGAAAUCCAGCAAAAGGGACAGGCUGAGAAAAAGGAAUUGCAGCACAAAAUAGAAGAGAUGGAAGAGAGAGAGCAAGAGCUUCAAGCAAAAAUAGAGGCUUUGCAAGCAGAUAAUGACUUCACCAAUGAACGGCUAACUGCUUUACAAGUCCGGUUAGAACAUCUUCAGGAGAAAGCUCUUAAAGAACACAACAGCUUAGGCAUACAAGUUGAUGACUUCAUUCCUAAAAUUAAUGGGAGCGCUGAAAAAGAGCACUUUCUUUCAAAGAGUGGAGGGGACUGCACUUUUAUUCAUCAGUUCAUAGAGUGCCAGAACAAGCUCAUAGACGAAGGACAUCUUUCCCGAGUGGAUGAAACAAAGAUCCUGAAAGAAAAUCAAGCAAAAGCUAAAGAAGCUGAACUAUCAGAUACUCUUAGCCCAAGCAAGGAGAAAAGCAGUGACGACACUACAGAUGCUCAGAUGGAGGACCAUGAACUAAAUGAACCCAUUGCUAAAGUUGCCCUUUUAAAAGCAGAUGAAUUGCAGGGUGCACAAUCUGAAACUGAGACUAAACAAGAAAUUCAGCAGCUGCGCAAGGAACUGGUUGAAGCCCAAGAGCUAGCUAAAACAAGUAAACAAAAAUGCUUUGAACUGCAAGCAAUGUUAGAAGAAGAGAGAAAAGCUUAUCGACUGCAAGCUGAAGAAUCCACCAAGCAGAUCCAAGUUCUCCAAGCUCAGCUGCAUCAGCUGCAGGAAGAUAUUGAAUGUCUUCGUGAGAAAAAGGAGAGUGAGAUCUCCAGUACUCGAAAUGAGUUGCUUAGUGCUCAGAGUGAGAUGCUGUUACUGCAACAAGUGGCCGAGAAGGCUGCAUCUGAAAGGGAAACAGAUGUUGCUGCUUUACAAGAAGAGCUUCAGAAAGUAAGGGCUGAGCUUGAGCGGUGGCGCAAAGAGGCUUCAGAAUACGAGAAAGAAAUCGUCAGUCUGCAAGCCAGUUUUCAACUACGAUGUCAGCAGUGUGAGGAUCAGCAGAAAGAGGAGGCCACCCGGUUGCAAGGUGAACUUGAAAAGUUGAGAGAGGAGUGGACUGUUCUUGAAACCGAAUGCCUUUCAUUAAAGAAGGAGAACUCUUUGCUUGCAUGUGAACUUCAGCGACAGGAGAAGGAGCUCCAUAACUCUCAACAGCAGAGUUUAGCGCUUAACAGUGACCUGAGUGUUCUUGAGCUGACUCGAAAGGAGCUUGAAAGUAAAAUGGGGUCUUUGAAAGAGCAACAUCAGCGAGAUGCAGCUAGUCUAAAAACCCUUCUUAACGAAGCAGAGAAUCAAGCUAAGGAUGCUCAAAAUGAGUAUGAAAAGACACAGAUCAUACUCUCAGAGCUGAAGUCGAAGUUUGAAAUCACUGAGCAGGAAAAGCAAUCAAUCACAGAUGAACUCAAACAGUGUAAAGACAACCUGAAGCUGCUACAAGAAAAAGGAAAUCAUCCUUCCAUAUUACCACCCGUCCCAGCCGUAUUCAUCGGCCUAAUCCUGGCUUUCCUGUUUUGGUGUUACAACCCAUUGUGGUAGAGAAAGAGACAAUGGCCUUGGAUGCCUGUGAUGGCAGCUUUGGUCGCUGUGACAGCCAUGGUGCUGUACCCAGGCCUAACCAGAGCUUCUCCAUGAGAACUGUUGUUGAAUCCAUACACCGUCCUCCCUUUAGAAGCUGGCAUCAUUCACAUACUGGGGGAAAGACAGAUUCAUCAUGUUCCUUUUUUUUUUUUACCUCUUAGUACCACAGAGUUUGGCUUCAGAGCAGAAGUAGGGUCAUUGCUUUAAACUGUACAAAAUGUAUCUGUCUAUAAAGAGGGAAUAAAAUUAUGACUUCAUUCUGUCGUGAGCAAUAUUGUUGCUCACAACUUCAUGUAAUUCUUAAGAUAGUAUGUUGGAGUUCUAAAUACUGUUAUGGUGGCCUAAAGUAGGCUUCUUGGUACCAAAUUAUUUAUGCUGGUUAGGUGUGUGGAUAUUUUACUUAAGAAUCUGAUUGCCAGAUUGAAAGCAAUGCAUUUCUCGCCCCACCCCCACCCCAAUUUGGACACCCAUGCCAAAUAUCCUUUAAUACUUGGAAGCAGAUGCAGUGUGCUCAGUGCCUUUCAGUUUGACUUUAUUUGUACAUGAACAUACCAUUAUUAUUUUUUACUUGCUGUGAGUCACUGAGCUAUUGGGAACAAUUUUAUUUUUUCCAAGUCUUCUGACAGAAACAAGUAUUUUUCUUCAGUAAAGGUCCUAUUUUAUCGAUGACUUGGGAACUGGUAUAAUUCAUUGUCAGCCUUAAAGAGCUCUAGAAGAAACUGAACGGACAUCAUCGGUCUAGAAUGUUUUUGUGUGCAGGUGUGUGCAUGUGUGUGCCUGAGUGAACUAAGGUUUUUCUGGGAGCAAAAUCUUGAUUUUUCUGAUGGACAUAGUGCAGUGAUCCAAUUUUUAGUUUGAAUGUAAUUUAUUAAAUCUCAUGUAUAUAGACACUAUAAAACGCAACAUAUUUUCGCACAUAUCACAUUAUAGAAAUGAUUUUUCCAGUCACUUAUUAUCAAAACCAAGCUGGGGAAGUAAUAUUUGUCUCUUUAAACUGUGUUUUCAUUGGCAUAAUUUUAUUAUUAUGUGAAGUGCUUGAGUGCUUCUAUUGUUAGGGGAAGGAAGAAGACAAAAUCCGAAAUGGGCAAUCCUUCUGGAAGGUAGAAUAAUCUAAUUGGUCCUCUAUGCAACAACUUAAGAUGAAAGAAUGUGCUAUCAAUGAUUAGCAGCUUUAUGUCACACUUUAUAUGGCCUUAAUAUUAAUGUUUCCAGUAAGCAUUGACUUGUGAAUAGGGGUAUGUAAUUAAAACCUGAAUAAAGUGCUAGCUUGCACUGCUCAACAGCUCUGUCAAUUAAGGUCUGUAUUAAUAUACAAAUAAUGGCACAGUGAAAUGUUUCAGCUGAUUCAUAGGAAGACUUAUCUCAGCAAAACAAAAAUAGUUGGUUCAAAGGAUUUAAUGGCAAUCAGCAUAUCUAGUUAAGUAUUUAAAUAGAGUUUUUAGUUAAUAAUUUGCCUUUGAGGUGUUGAGGGUCACUUUACUUUAAAGGUUCUGUCUUAAACUAUUUGGGAUUUGUUAAUGGGAGGAUCAUUUAGAAUUAAGGGAAUGUUAGUCCACAGACUCUUAGAAAUGUUGUUUUUGUUCAUUUCAUUCUUUUCAUUUGCAGGAAACUGUAACACCCACCCACACGCACACACACACACACAUGCCAGUGGUACUCAGUACCUCUUGUAUAUAGGUUAUUGCAAAUAUUAUUCUGAAAAUGCUUAACUUCAGAAUUACAUUUUUAAAAGUAAAUAAUUGUUUUAAAUCUAUUUUGUAAAGAUAUAAAGAAACAAUAGAAUUUCUGGAGUACAGAUUGAACUAUUUGCACUAACACACAUGAUGUGCAUGAUUUAAUAAAAUAACUUUACUCUCCCUAUAAA